UGAUGCUAAGUGGGAUCUCUGUACAGGUGUGAAAUUGAGACCCAUCCCUGACUGUGGGGAGAUCCUGUCGUGCAGCCCUGGCUGUGCAGGAGAGCUCAAGGGGCGCUUGGGCUGCUCCCUGUUUAGGGGUAAGAUGACUGCCUCCUUGCUAUGCAUUGUCUUUAGGCACACAGUCCAUGUACCCUCACCUGUUGAACCGGGUGUCAGUUCUUUGUGCCACCCAGUUGGAGUCAGCUUUGUGAUUUGUAAUCAGCUUCAGCCAGAGCGUUACCAGUGCUGUUGCUGCUUGUGUUCCUGUGCAAGGCCUGCUGUGCCAUCCCCCAGGCAGUGCCCUGCAGAUGGGCUGUGGAGGGCUGGGCUGGGACAGGGACUGCUGCGUUCCCUCACAGCUCCCCUGCCAUUUCUCUUGUCCCUGCAGGCUCCAGUUCAACUUCUGCCUUCCAGCCGUGAUCAUCUCAGCUGCAGGAGAGCAGCAGAUGGCCACAGCACAUGCAUCUCAGCUCCACUUCCAGCCCCCAAACCUAUGGUGAUCUCCCUGCUUGAAGGAGGGGAAGAGACCUGGAUCCCAGAUGUGUGUAGCCCUGAGGCUGUGCCAGGAGACCUCAGCCCAGAGAAGAUGCCCCAGAGAAAUAUCCUGAAGAAUCACACUGCUGGACCUGCAUUUCUUUUGGGGUUUAAUGAUCACCCUAGGCUGCCAGGCAUGUGCUUCACCAUCUUCCUGCUUGUUUAUGUCACAGUUGUCAUUGGGAAUGGCCUGAUUGUGCUGAUUACAGUGGUGGAGUUGAGCCUCCACAGCCCCAUGUAUUUCUUCCUGAGAAACUUGUCCUUCUUGGAGAUCAGCUACGCAUCGGCCACUCUCCCCAAAAUGCUGGUGUGUUUCCUGACGGGAGAUGUCCGGAUCUCCUUCUUUGGCUGUGCUGCCCAGCUGUAUUUCCUGGUUUUGCUGGGAAGCACUGAGUGCCUUCUGCUGGCCGCCAUGGCCUACGACCGCUAUGUGGCCAUUUGUGACCCCCUGCACUACAGCCUGGUGAUGAAGGGGGGUUCUGCGUCAGCUGGUGGUUGGCUCAUGGAUGGCUGCAUACCAAUACAAGUGGGCCAGACCUAUCAAGUGUUCUCCCUGCCCUUCUGUGCAUCCCAUCAUCAUCAUUUUUCCUGUGAUGUCCCCUCUCUGUUGGAGCUGGCCUGUGCAGAUACUUUCUGGAGCCGUGUGACCCUGCACGCUGUCAUCCUGCUAUUUGCCGUCCUUCCCUUUUCCAUCAUCGUCGCUUCCUACGUUAGAAUUAUCGGGACGGUUCUGAAGAUGCACUCUGCUCCAGGCAGACACAAAGCCUUUUCCACCUGCACCUCACACCUCACGGUGCUGACACUCUUUUAUGGCUCAGCCAUGGUCCUGUACUUCAAACACCGCUCCGCAGACACUGACAAAUACCUUGCCCUGUUUUACGUGGCUCUGACCCCGAUGCUUAACCCUGUCAUCUACAGUAUGAGGAAUAGGGAAGUGAGGAUCGCCCUGAGAAAACUCCUGUGGAGAAAGUAAUACCCAGAGUAGGUGAAAUAUGCCCAAAUAGUUACAAUGAGCAUUUGGCUGAGUGCUGGCAUCCGGUAUUGGCUCAGACACUUCCAGAUGUGACACCUCUAGAUUUGCUGCAACAUCCCACAACCCACUGCAUCUUACAGUAGGAAUCAAAGUUUAUGUAGUAUAGAGAAGUGUGUGUGGGGAUUCAUGUCACAUCAUCACAGGGCAAGAAACGAGGGUUCCCUUCUCCCCAGCUUUUUGAAGUCUGUACUUGCAAUUUAGUCUUAGUUGCUGUAUUACACUGCAUAUUAUCCUUCCUAUGAUUGCUCUGUGCCUCAUUAACGAUAUUGAAGUCAGAAUUCUGCAGGUUAAAU